UAUUAAGUGUAUAAAUUAUGUCGUAUUUUAAGUACAUAACAUUUGUCUAAAAUUAAAAAAAAACACGAAAAUGAGUUGAACCCUAGAAACAAUGGUCUUGUGUAAGACCAUUCCUGAUCAAUUGACCAGAAAUUAUCUUAAUCAAGAGAGGCUGUAAUUGCAAAACUUAUAAGAAAACAAUUUAAAAAUUUAAAUUUAAAUAAUAAAAUAAAAUUUACUUAUAGUCUGUUAAGUACUAAUUUAUUAGGCACUUGUGUAUUAGGUUUUAAAUAUCGUCACUUAUAACAACAAGAAUUGUUGUAUUUUGUUUUACACUUUUUAAGUGACUCGUAGCAAUAAAUUAAACUGCAUAUGCAAUGUUGAUUCACGAGUUAUCUGAAAAAUCUCAACAUUAUUUUUCAUGAAUUGUAAUUCUUUAUAUGAUUACUAGUGUGCUGGUGCAUACAAAAGCAUGGUAAUAUUUACUAAACAUAACCUUGUUUUUUACCCAUCAAAAAUAUUAAUAUCACAUAGAAUUUGAGUUUUUAAUAGAUAAGUUAAAACAAAGCUUGUGUUAUUUUUGUAAAAUAGGACUAUAAACUGAUUAUAUAAUAGCUAUAUAAUGAAGGUAUAAUCUAAAGUAAUAUUUAGAAACCUGCACAAUUAUAAAGCUCUUGUGAAAAAACAUUUAGUCAUAACUAUUAUUGUCGAAAUUAUUUACAUGAACUUCUUGACAAUGUGACAACAAUUUUUCCAGAAUUUAUUAUUUUAUUGCAUAAUUGUGCUUUAAAUAUUAUCGCUUCGACUUAUCAUAGAAAUAUCACACGAGUUCUUCUUCGAGUAUCAUACAAAGAAUGACUUCUAAAAAUGUUACUUUUAUAAAUGAUCAAAAUGAAAAUCAGUUAUCAGAAAAAGAUAAAGUAGUUCAUCAUAAUAAUGAAAAUGAAUUAGAGAACAAUAUUUUGCCACUUUCUUCAGAGUUGUAUGAUGCUGAUGAAAAGACAAAACUUGAUAACUUAUCAACAUUUUAUAAAGAUCUUGAGAAUGACCCUAAAGAUUUUUUUUUAUCUAAUGAGGAUGAGACGUACUAUUUGAGUACUCGACUCAAACUUGUAGAAGAUGAAAAACUUGCCUUGAUGAUUGAUCAUAAUAACUUGAUUAAAGAAUUUAAUAAACAUAUGGAAAGUUAUUUAGAAGAAAUAAGAAAUUUAAAGGAGUCUAAACAUUUAAUUGAGCGAGAAGCUAAAGAACUUAGAGAUCUAUGCUGCUUACUUGAUGAUGAGCGUAAAAAAUGUAGACAGCUAGCAAAAGAAUGGCAAAGAUUUGGUAGACAUUCUGUUUCAGUUAUGCGAAAAGAAGUCCUUUCAUAUCAAAAUAAAAUAAAUUUAAUGGAAGAAAAACAACAAGAAAUAAUGAAAGAAAAUGCAGAAUUGCGUGAUCUAUGUGUUUAUCUGGAUUCUCAAAGAUUACCCAAUGAAAAUCAGUUUGCUAUUUCUUAUCAAUGUUCUAAGUGUUCAAAUAUAUUAAUUCAAAAUAACAGUCUGCAUAUUGAUAAACCAGAAGCAGUCAAGGUUUCUGAUCAGAUACACAUAGAGCAAUUCAAAUUGAAAAGUUCAAAUGAAAAAAAAAGAGUAUCAUUUACAUUUGCAUCAGAAGAUGACAGUGACUCUUUCUCUACAAUAUCUGAAGCUGAUAGCAGGCUAGAUUUUCCUCCUUCAUUUGAUAGUGUGGAAAGUUAUAUAACAUCAGGUGAUACUCAAGGUCUUCUUCGCAACCUUGAUAGUCUACAUCGAGCUACAUACAGAAAGAAUAUGCAUUCAGAUAUUUCUCCUCGAAAUAGUGGAUUAGUUCGCUUGAGUGAUCCCAGUUUAAUGUCCGGAAUUCAAGUUGAUGAACUAAAAGAAAAAAUGGCAUUAACUCGUUGCGGGAAAGCAACACUAACAGAAACUGAUAUAACAAGACUCAAAGAUAUGUGUCAUAGGUGGGGUGGUAAGCUAGUUUGACAACGCACAGUGGCUCAAAAUUCUUAAAAAGUGGCAAGAAAGGAAAAUAGUUCAAAUCUUCGUUUUCUAAAUAAAAACACCUUUUAAUGGUGGAAAGGCUAUUAAUAAAAGUUAUUUGAAC